GAGUAGAACUUUUGCACAAGGUUAAUAUUUUGUAGUGCUUCCCAUCGACGGGUUAAUUUAGCCAAAAGAGAGCUAGCUUUUAGCCAACAACAUGAUAAGCUUUCUGUUCAUUGUCAACCGCGCAUUCAGCGCUAGCAGUAACGCGAUGUCGCAAGCUAUUAAUAAUGGCCCCCGGCCCCUCGUGCUCUGCGGUCCCUCGGGCUCCGGCAAGAGCACAUUGCUCAAGCGUUUGUUCGCCGAAUUCCCGGACAAAUUUGGCUUUAGUGUGUCGCACACGACACGUCGUCCACGUGAGGGUGAACAGGAUGGUGUACACUAUAAUUUUGUGAGUCGGCCGGAUAUGGAGCAGGCAAUAGCCAAUGAUGAGUUCAUUGAAACGGCCGAAUUUACGGGGAAUCUGUACGGCACUAGCAAGGAGGCGGUACGUGCUAUACAGAGUCAGGGGCGUGUCUGCAUACUGGACAUUGAGCAGAAGGGUGUCGAGCAGAUCAAGAAAACCGAUCUCAAUCCCAUACUUAUCUUUAAUAAUCCACCAACCAUCGAUGAACUGGAGCGACGACUACGUAAACGGAAUACGGAAACGGAGGAAACACUACGGAAACGUCUAAAUGCUGCCGAAGUGGAAAUUGCCUAUGGUUUGACAGCUGGCAAUUUUCAUAAAAUCAUUAACAAUGUCGAUAUCGAUGUGGCGUACAAAGAAUUCCGUGACUUUGUCGUGGAGGAGCUGAAGAAGCAGGAGGAGCAAGGAGUGCAUUUCAAUUAAGUAACUGACCAAUUGUCCAGCUGAGAGGGAACAAUGGAAGGGGUGCAAUGAUAUUACUUAAACAAUGGCAUUUAUACUUAUUUAUUGGCAAUGUUUGAUUCCUUGUUGUAUUUGUGAAUUUGUUGUAUUUAUUUAAGCAUAAAGUCUGUUAAAUAAAGAGAGACGACGACAAAAA